AUGGAAAGCAGCAAUAAGAAGAGAACAAGGGUUAGCAAAGAGGAGGUAAUAGCGAAGCUAAAAGACGAUGGUGACUUCGACAAUCUACGUCUCAAGAUCAUUCGCAAGCUCAAAGACAACGAAGAGUUGCGCAACAGCAUUAUUUCCGUUGUGAGGCAGUCAGCAGCACUUAAUCAUGCUGGUGCCAACAAUAUGAAACCCAGACAGCUUUCUGAUGCCAUAUAUGAUGAGGUUGGGAACAAACUGACAAGCCAAAUUUCUGAUGGUGUGUGGGAAGUAAUUAGAUCAGUUGAUGGAAUGAAAAAUGAAAUCACAGAGACAGUGCAAUCUGUCUAUAAUAAAUUGGUUGAGCCUGAAAGGAAGGAAGAGGGUGAAUCUUCUAGUCAUGAUGCAAUGGUAGUCAAGAAGGGAACUGACAAAAAAGGUGUGGUAAAGACAUCUGCUGUUGCAAUGGAUGAUAACUUGUCUAAUAGUGAGCCAAAAGAACCACCAGGCUUCUCUUUAUCCAACAACCAUCAGAACAGUAACCAUGAAAGGAAAGAAGAGUUGUGGCUGCCUAUGCCAUGUGAAGGGCCUCUGGAAGCAAAGGAGGAAAGGCCCAACCAUUCAGAGGACAUGCUGGAGGUGAAUGAUAUUGAUCUUGGUGUCCCACCAGGCUUCUCUGCUGAUGCCAAGCAGAAGGAUCCUUGUGACGGUAGUGAUGAAGACCCUGAUGUGCCUCCUGGUUUUGGUUGA